CUCUAUAAAGGCCCAACCCUCCAAUACAAAGUCGCAAACCCUGUUUCUUGUGUGUGUGUGUGAGGAAACAGAAUGGGUGGGUUUAGAGUUGUGGUGAUGCUUCUAUUUGUGUUCAUUGGUGUUUGUGAUUACGGGGCGAAGGGCAUGGAAACCAAUCCCAACUUUGGGACUUGCAGCCCAUGCUGCAAUGAGGGCAUCUGCUUGCUGUCAUGUCCCCCAAUUUGUAGCUGCUCGGACGUGUGGUACAGCUGUCCCAUCUGGUGCAAAAACUGUGAUUGCACCGAAGGGGAUUCCAACUCCAACAAAUGUCUAUGCAAGGAUACCUACAACUAUUCCCCACCAAAUUGUCCGGCUUCAGGCUUUGCUGUUAAAGGGUUUGAAAGCCAGCUGAAUUUGAAGUGAAGGUCCAUCAACUAAUUAUCUAAAACCUACUUACAUAAAUGGAAGGGUCAUCAUCGUGUAUGACCCGCAUAAAUAAAAAUGUGACUCUUCACUUGGCUUCUGGCCACUGUUUGUCCAUGGAUAUAUGGGGAGGACAGGGCUUUACCCGUUUUCUCAACUAGAUCAGAAGUUUGUUUGGUUUCAGUAUUAAUAAAAUGCUGUUAGCGAUAAUGAAAACCAUUAUCGGUUAUUAGGGUGUGAUUUGGGUUUUUUUGUACGGCCUAUCUAAAUGAAUGGACCUUAACUCCUAUAUAUGAGCAUUUUUGGGCGUUAAA